GAGCAUCAGAAUCUUGCCUAGACUAGAUGUAGAGGUGCGGACGGUACUCCCUUUUGCUCUUAUAUGCGAAUGCUGAACGUUCUAAUAUUUUUACAAAAAAAAUUACACAGGUUACGCUUUACGUUUCAGUUAAAGUCUGGUUGUUUUGACAUGUAGAAUUAAGAAAAAAAAGGGGAGAAUGAAAAUGCUCCGAUUUCGCAGUUCAAGUAUCAAAUCCUUAAACCAGGGGAUUAAAUGUAGCAUCAGGCUGCUGGAUGACUCGGAGAUCUCAUGCACCAUACAGAGAGACACAAAAGGCCAGUACCUCCUGGAUCAUGUCUGCAACCAUUACAGUCUCCUGGAGAAGGAUUAUUUUGGUAUCAGAUAUGUUGACACAGAAAAACAACGGCACUGGCUCGAGCCUAACAAGACUAUUGUGAAGCAAAUGAAAUCUCGUCCACCAUAUACCAUGUGCUUCAGAGUGAAAUUCUAUCCCCACGAGCCCAUGAAGAUAAAAGAAGAGCUUACCAGGUACCUUUUGUAUCUGCAGUUAAAGAGAGACAUAUUCCAUGGACGCUUGCUUUGUUCCUUCUCUGAUGCAGCAUACUUGGGGGCCUGCAUAGUGCAAGAUGAGCUGGGGGAUUAUGAACCUGAUGAACAUCCAGAGGAUUACAUCACAGAGUUCAAGCUGUUCCCCAAACAGACACAAAAACUAGAAAAGAAGAUUGUGGAAAUACAUAAAAAUGAACUCAGAGGCCAGAGUCCAGCACUCGCCGAAUUAAAUCUGCUCCAGAAAGCACAUUCUUUAGAAACCUAUGGGGUCGACCCUCACCCAUGCAAGGAUUUUACUGGAUCUACAGCUUUCUUAGGAUUUACUGCCACAGGUUUUGUGGUUUUCCAGGGGAAUAAGAGGAUUCACCUGUUAAAAUGGGCUGAUGUCAGCAAAUUGAAAUUCGAAGGGAAGACGUUUUAUGUGAUAGGCAUUCAGAAAGAGAAGAAGCUAGUGCUGACAUUCCACAUGUCUUCACCUGCUGCCUGCAAGCAUCUCUGGAAGUGUGGGGUGGAGAACCAGGCUUUCUACAAAUAUGCAAAAUCCAGUCAGAUUAAGACUAUGUCCAGCAGUAAUAUAUUUUUUAAAGGCAGCAGAUUCCGAUACAGUGGAAGAGUUGCAAAAGAGGUCAUUGAAGCCAGCUCUAAAAUCCAGAGAGAUCCCCCAGAGGUGCACAGGUCCACCAUUGGCUACAGUAAAAGUUUUAACUCUCUAAACAAGCAGCUGAUCAUGAACGUGGAGCCCCUGUUACCAGCACUUCCCUCUCCCAGCGAGUCUGAAGAAAUUGCCUUUGAAAAUGGCCUGCAGGCAUUGAAGGAUAUUGUGCACCUGUCCCCAUUAAAGCAGCCCCAGUCACAUGUGGACCCAGGGGAGGUGACUGAAAGCAGAUCUCAGGACACUUUUGGAGAUGAGAUGGUGGGGGUGGCCGCUGAGGACAGGCCAAGUGGGGAGGAGGAGGAGGAGUUGGGGGGGACACUGACCAUCUCUGAGCUGAUGUACAACCCCAGUGCCAGCGUUCUGCCCACCCCAGUGGAGGAUGAGGGUAUCGACCUGCUCUUCAGCAGCCCUGUGAAACCAGGAAAGGAGACAGAGCAUGACAGGGAGUCCUAUGAAGACCUGGAGGCUGACGCGAGUGCCUUCCUCAUGGCGGAAGAAGAGGAGAUGAAGGAGGUGAGGCGGGUACUGAGCCACAGCUACGAGCUGCUGGUGGGCAACAAGCAGGUGAACGCCUGCAUGCGCAGCUUUGUUCGGCUUCUAGCCGUGGGCCUCGGACUGCUGCUGUUCGCCCUGCCCCUCCUCCUGGUGCUCCUGGAGUCUGACAUCGACGUCUCCUUCCUCCAUGAGAUCCGCCAGACCCCAGAGUUUGAGCAGUUCCACUAUGAGUACUACUGCCCCCUCCACCAGUGGGUGGCCUGCACAAUAAACAGCAUCCUGGACAAGCUGGGCAGCUCUUAAGGUUAACAACAGAAGCAUCCAUCUACUGAAUUCUUAAACAUGAAAAAAGGGUUGCUUUCAUUUACCUGUGGGCUUGUUCUAUUUGUAGUAAGGGUGGUAAACCUUGGGAUUUUAUAAGUUAGUGUAUUGCAUUCUUUUUACAGUAGAAGAGCUCAUAAUAUAGGCCACCUCAUUGUCAACCAGAAUUCAUCCAAAAAACAUGUCUUGUAAAGUAUGUUAAUUUCUUUUAGUUGAGUGUAAUCAAAUAAUUUUUUUUUUUUUUUUUUUUUACACAUUAGUUGUGCAUUUAAUUUGAGCAGCCAAAUUAUGGAUAUGCUUUUCUGUUGGCAAGGCACUAAGCUUGGGCACUAUAUGUGAAUCAAAGAUUGUCCAGAGGAGGUUGGCAAAGUUGAGUAUAAUUUAAAAAGAAAUAGAAACAUAGAUGUUGCUAAGCGUGUAGUCAAGGACACACUAGAAGUGUAGGCAUGGAGGGGGUGGAUGAAUGUAACUGAAGUACAAUUAACAAUGGUUGUGUGAAAUUCUGUUGAACAGCUUCAGUUUGAAAAUAACUGUAACUGAAAAUAACUACUUAAAAGAAAGAUAAUAUAAGUCUGAAGAUGAAGAUGCCACUCCAUCCUCAUUUGUAAAGAAGAUAGAUCUAUAAAAUUACAAAGCACAUUUUUUACAAAGGGAGAAAGGGUACAAAGGUUAUAUAUUUCAGGUUGUAAGCAU